UCUCCAUCGCACCGCUCCGUGUCUCCCUCCGUGCCCAGGCCGGUGGACAAGGUGGUGUUGGGGGAGUUUAGCCUGGAUUCCGACGAGGAGGACGUCCAGGUGUUGCGGGUUGCAGAGAAAUUCACGCCCCGCGGCGCCUGCGUCAUCCCGAUCCACAACGACAUCGCGCUGCUGAAGCUGGCCACCCCGGCCCGCCUCUCCGACACCGUGUCUCCGCUGCGCCUGGCCGGGCACUGCGACCACUUCCCGCCCGGGACGCCGUGCGUCAUCACGGGCUGGGGCCGGACGCAGGGCAACCACACGGAGAACUCGCCCACGCUGCGACAGGCAGUGCUGCCCCUCGUGUCCAAGGCGGACUGCAAGACGUACUGGGGCGACGAUGUCACGGGCGAAAUGAUCUGCGCCGGAGGAAGCGGGACCGCCCCCUGCAUAAACGACUCUGGGGGCCCCCUGGUGUGCCAGAAGGGGGGCGUCUGGACCCAGGUGGGCAUCGUGUCCUGGGGCAGUCGAGAGUGCGAAACCGACAAGCCGGCUGUGUUCACCCGCGUCCCUGCAUUCGAGUGCUGGAUUAAGGAGACCAUGGGGGCCAACUGAGCCCCCAGACCCGCCCUGGGCUCGCCCCUGCCCUGCUCCCCUCCACGCCCCAAUAAACCC